GGGAACCUGUUAGGAGGUUCUCAUUUCGCUCAGAGCUGCGGCACGGUCCUGUCUCCUCACAGUCACAGCAAUUAUUGCCGAUAAUGGACCUGAAGCUCUUGUUUUUCUCCGUUAUAUUUCUGUGCACUUCCCAGCUGUUUGCAACGGAAAAUGCUCUGAAGCCCCAUCAGCGCAAAGAUGUGGUUAUCAGGACAAACAAGGAAGAACUACUGUUCAACAACAGACUCAUGGAAGCUAAAAAACCAAAGAAAAAGGUUGUGACAGCAACAGACUAUGACAGCCCAGGUGAUCUGGACCGUGGCUCCGAUGCAGGUCCCAAAAGAGAUGAGGAGCUUCCCACUUGCCUGCUCUGUGUAUGCCUGACUGGAUCAGUGUACUGUGAAGAGGUCAGUCCUGACUUGACCAGCGUGCCUGCGCUGCCGAAGGAAACUGCAUAUCUGUAUGCACGCUACAACAAGAUCACCAAGAUAACAAAUAAAGACUUUGCUGAUAUUGCUACUCUGAGGAGAAUCGACUUGACGGGCAAUCUCAUCUCCGACAUCGAUGAUGGCGCGUUCUCAAAGCUUGAUAACCUAGAAGAGCUCACACUGUCUCAAAACAGACUAACCAAGUUGCCCAUGUUACCAGCAAAACUCUCUGUAUUCAAUGCCAAUUUCAAUUUACUGAAGACAAAAGGUGUAAAGGCAACAGCUUUUAAGAAACUGACCAAACUGGCAUACCUCUAUUUGGCCAAUAAUGAACUUGAAGCAGUCCCACCACUGCCAGAGUCUCUGCACAUUGUGCAUCUACAGAACAACAACAUAGCGUCUGUGACUGAUGAGACAUUCUGUAAGGGCAACAACACACACUACAUCAGGUACAACUUGGAAGAGAUUCGACUGGAAAACAACCCUGUUGACUUGGCCAAGCACCCACAGAGCUUCAUUUGCCUACGAUCUCUACCAUUCGGACUAUACUAGUGGUCAGGUGACACAGUGGGGAGGAGAGACAGUAACUCUCCUCUACUCUGAUCUCUAGGUAGGAUCAGUGUCAACGUAAGUAUUAAUUUGAGGGAAUAAAAGCUGAAAAUGGUCACAGUGUGAUAACAUGAUUGAAAUUGGAAGACUUCUCUUUUUCAGUUAUUAAAAUAUGGCAUUGAAAGUAAGCAUGUUGAUUUACAAGUAUUAGUCAUUGCAUUAUGUGCUAUAUGUUCAAAUAGCAUGUGUAUAAGCAGGUGAUUUUAUAACUUGAAAUAGCAACUACUAAUCUUUGGCAAGACACUCCUGUAUAAGUUUAUUUCCAGUGUCUUUGUGGUGUGGCCUGGGAUGGUUACUGAUAUGGACAACUGAUCUGCCAGUAUGGAACUGCGUCUGUUAUUUACUUGACAACAGAGGCCUCAACAUCUGUCCAGAAGCAUUUGAUGUGGAUCUUUUUUUUUUUAAUACUGUUACGCACUAAGACAAUCCACAGAACUGUAUCUUUUGCUUUUACAUUUUUUUUUAUUAUUGUAACCAUAAUUUUACCAAUACUGUGGCUUCCCUGAGAGGACAUAUCAUUUAGGUUUCAUUUAGGUUGGGUUUUUAUUGUUGAGGUGACACGUGUAUGCUAAGAGGGGCUCUAUAACUUGGGUCAUGUUAAAUAAAACUUGAAGUGCCUUAA